AUGACAAGUCGUGUGACACGCGCGACGCUGGCCAAAGAAGCAGCCUUCCUGAACUCUGAUAAGGAAAAUGCCACGCCAAUAGUUUCAAGUCCGCCUCCCACGCCCAAACAUCCUGUUCGGUCAGUCCCCUUAUCGCGCACCAAGACGUCCAAGAAGCUGCAAGCUCCUCAUACGCAGGUCAAACUCGAAGACUCGGCUGCGCCCCAGACGCCAUCAGCGUGUGAAGAGAGGAGCGCUUUGAAAGGCAGACAUGAGGUUGCGGAACACGAUCAUUCUUUGGCGGACGGGGAAACGAGUGAUAGCUAUCCAUCAGGGGAGUCGGUUGGACGAAAGCGCAAGAGAGCAGUGAAGCACGAGGACAGCGAUGAAUACCUUGGCGUACCGCACAAUCUCGGUCCUUUGGCCACAACCAAACGAGGAAGUAGCAAAUCUGAAGACGACCAACCCAUCAAAAGCCCAGGAAAGAAAAGCGCAGUACAGAAGAGAACGUCGAGGCUUUCUGAUAAGUCCGUCGUAAAAACAGCAAAGGACGAAAAAGACGCGGAGAGGGCUGUGCUCCAGCUGGCCCAGGUGAAGACAAAAUUUACGGAUGAAGCUGAGCGAAGGCAAAGGGCGAUCUCCAGUGGAAAGAAAUCCAAGAGCGAGACCUAUGGUCUUUGCGAAGGCGAAACUCCGUUUCCGCGAUGGCAGCACCCUACUCCGGAGGAAUGUCAAGAAGUUCAUGAAUUACUCUUGAAGCAUCAUCCAGACACAAAUCCGCAACCUCAGACGAUACCACCCCCGUCUGAAUUUGUUGCUGGUUGUGGCGAAGUCCGGUCAAUACUUGAUGCCUUGGUUCGGACUAGGCUGAGCGCGUCAACAACAGGCCGGAACUCCAAUGCAGCGUAUCAGGGCAUGGUGCAAAGAUAUGGACUUUUAAAGUCAGGCGUCGGCAAGGGCAGUGUCAACUACAAUGCAGUUCGUAUAGCCCCAGUGCAAGAUUUAUUCUAUGCAAUCAAGGGCGGCGGCCUUGCCGUUUCGAAAAGUGCAGACAUUAAAGCCGUCCUCGAUAUUGUGUUUGACGAAAAUCAAGCUCGGCGUGAAGAACUGCUUGCUGCUAAGGACGACAGCAUUUCAUACAAGGGCCCUAAAGGGGCAAGUGUAGAGAAUGAAAAGCAGAAAGCGACGGAGAUCAAGCUAGCAGAAGAUGAGAACCUUUCCCUCGAUCACUUCUAUACUCUACCUACAUACGAUGCUAUCUACAAAUUCAUGACAUUCCCUGGUAUUGGUGUCAAGACUGCUGCCUGCGUAGCCAUGUUUUCCAUGCAACGGCCUGUAUUUGCAGUCGAUACGCAUGUAUUUCGCUUGGCCAAGUGGCUUGGCUGGGUACCUCCCCCAGAAGAAAAGCAGAAAGGCGAUAAGUCCGUGGACAGAGACACGACUUUCUCCCAUCUCGAGAUACGCAUCCCGGAUGACUUGAAAUAUAUGCUUCACCAGCUGUUCAUUAAACAUGGCAAGACCUGUCCAAGGUGCAGGGGUAACACCGGAGAAGGCAGCCAAGGCUGGGCAAAGGGAUGCCCAAUAGACCAUCUGGUGCAGCGAUCAGGACCGCGGAAAAGUAAUAUAGACAGUCCUGCAAGUACGAAAAGCCUGGCGAAGAAAAGGAAGACCGCGGAGGAGAGUGAAGAAGAUGAUGAGAGCGAGGAAAUGCCGGAUCUCGAUGACCAGGACGAAGGCGACGGAGGACCGAUUCCGAUGAAGAAAAAGGCCAAGGCGCCAACAAAGGCGCCAACAACAUCAGCGGCCGCUGUUCGAAGUACUCGAGCAAAGGACACGGCGGAUGUGCCUUCUCCAAAGGGGCCAACGAUGGCGACCAAGCGGAAGCGCAAAUCUGCUCCCCGGAACGGGUGGCGAGGUGGGAAAGCGAUCUCCUCUCGCGAGGCUAGCACAGACAGAUGA